AACCAGGCUGAUCAUCUAUAAAAACAUAGAUACUGCGAAGGCAGGUAUCAGAAGACCUUUGCGGCUCAGGCAGUUCAAAGUUAAAAUGAAGCAGUUUAUCGUUCUAAUGAGCCUAGUUGCAAUCACAGCAGCAGCUCCCCAGGGAUACAAGUACCAGCCACAGGGGACGGCCCUACCCAUCGGCAAUCUUCGACCGCAAACACCCGCCUCAACAAGUGGAAUUUAUUCUGGUGAUACCAUCCCAAAUCUGGCCCAGACUGGUAGCCAGACUCACCAGAGCCAGCCUGCCGUACCAAUUCCGCCUCCCUUGCCAAUAGCUCUACAUCAGCAACGCGUGAUUAAUGUUCUGCCCCAACAAAACCUAAUCAGCUCUUCGCAGCAAGUGCUACAGACCCAGUACGUCCAACGACCUGCGAUUGUCACAAAAGAUAUAUAUAUCCACUCCGCACCUGAAGAGACAGAUGAGUUCCUGCAGGAAGAGCAACAUUUGGAAAAACUACCUAUUCGAAAGAACUACCGCAUUGUCUUCAUCAAGGCGCCGUUCCAGAACCCGAAGUACACCGCUGCCGCACUAAAACAUGCGCAGUCUAGCAACGAGGAAAAGACUGUCAUCUAUGUGCUCUCAAAGAAACCCGAUAUUACCGAGAUUCAGCAGCAGCUACAGGUCAGCCAGUCCGAUGUCAAAGUGCACAAGCCUGAGGUCUACUUCAUCAAAUACAAGACCCAGGAAGAGGCCCAACGCGCCCAACAAGAAAUCCAAGCUCAAUACGACGCUCUAGGUGGAGCCACUCACAUUACGGACGAGGGCGUUGCCCCUAUCACAAGCGUUUCCAAUGACUCCUUCAAAAUAGAUUCCUUUGCGCCCCAGAAGUCCCAAGCGCAGGCCAUCAUUCAGACCCCUCCGCAACACAUUGUUCAGUUUCCAGCUUUAAGCCAGAGUGCUCAGCAGCAAUCCACCGGGUCCUUUGCACCCUCAGUGCUGGCAAGGAAUUACAUUCCAGCCAAGAAUUUUAUAUAAGUGUAUUGCAGUUUAUUGAUUUUAUUUUAUUAUUUGUAUUUAUUAUACAUGCAAAAUUUG